UCCUCUUCGCGCUGCGCCGGGCCCCACCGCGGGGGAGGCGGGAGGUUGCGACCAUGGCGGGGGCGACGAGUUCAAGGAGGCAGCAAGUUCGUCAGAAGCUGGACGGAGGAAGAGGAAUGGAUAUGGGUAACCAACACCCAUCCGUGAAACGGUUACAUGAAAUACAGAAAGAAGUCAAAGAGAUCGAACAGCAAGUGGCUGUCUUCAGCGGUCUGUCUACCGACCGAGAUUACAAGGAAUUGGAAAGAAACCUUACGAAACAGCUUUUUGAGAUCGAUUCUGUAGACACCGAAGGGAAGGGGGAUAUUCAGCAGGCCAGGAAGCGAGCUGCCCAGGAAACUGAGAGGCUGCUGAAGGAACUGGAACAAAAUGCAAACCAUCCGCGCAGACUGGAAAUAGAGGCUUUAUUCAAAGAGGCACAGGCUCUUGUGGAACGUGAGAUCACACCUUUUUACGAAGGAGGAAACGGUAUAAGUGAUGAAUUUGAAGAAGGAAUUCAGGACAUUGUGCUGAGGCUUACCCAGGUGAAAACCGGAGGGAAAAUUUCUCUACGCAAAGCAAGAUACCGCACUCUGACAAAGAUAUGUACUGUUCAGGAGAUUAUAGAGAAUGCUGUAAAGAAACAGCUGUCCCUGCCACUCUCUAAUGAUGUUCAUCCUUCUGUCUCCAAAAUUAACUCUGUAAUGUGUGAGGUGAACAAAGCCAGAGGAACUCUCAUUGCACUUCUAAUGGGAGUGAGUAGUAAUGACACCUGCAGGCAUCUGUCCUGUGUGCUCACAGGCCUCAUUGCUGAUUUGGAUGCUUUAGAUGUCUGUGGUCGCACGGAAAUAAGAAACUACAGAAAGGAGGUAGUAGAAGAGAUCAAUAAAUUGCAGAAAUACCUGGACUUGGAUGAAGAAGCAAAUUCUACUCAUGCUUAUGAUUUGGCAAAAAAUCAGUCAAUUCUAAAAAUAGAAGAGAUCCGUAAGAAGAUGAAGGAAGUUCAUUCCUUACUUCUAAAAACAGAGAAUGCCUCUGAUUUGUAUCUGGGAUUGAAAGCAGAGUUGCAGGGACUAAUUGCCCACCUAGAUGAAGUGAGUCCCGGAAAAAAUCCCUGUAUUAGAGAGGCCAGGAGAAGAGCAGUAAUUGAAGUUCAGACUCUUAUAACAUAUAUUGAUUUGAAUGAAGCGCUGGAAAAAAGGCAGAAGUAUCCGGAUCAAACUGCUGUUGAACAUCGGUGUCAUAAAGCAGUUUGGACUGUACUUGGAAACUUGUCUCAAAUACAGAAAGAGGUGAUUUCAUUUGAUGGAAACAGAACAGACAAAAAUUACAUGAGACUGGAAGAACUUCUUACAAAACAGCUUCUAGCCCUGGAUGCUGUUGAUCCGCAAGGUGACGAGCGGUGUAAGGCUGCCAGGAAGCAGGCAGUAAAGCUUGCACAGAAUAUUCUUUACUAUCUGGACAUGAAAACAGAUGAAUGGGAAUACUGAAACAGCCAUGGCCUGACACAGAAGAACAUUUUCCCCUUUGGCACCUUAUGAAGAUCAUUGGCAGCACAUAAUAAAGUAUUCUGUGCCUGCUGAAAUCAUGGAAAUUGCAUAAGCAGUUGACUUGGCUAUAUGUCUGCUAUCCCACGCAGUCACCCACUUGCCAUGGCAACUGUCAGUACACCAUCAGCAAUUCUGGUCACUGAUAUAAGCAAAGAAGUGCAAUUCUCUGAAGGAAUAGCUUAAUACUUGAUCGAAUAGCUUCUUUUUUUUUUUUCUUCUCUUUUUCUUUCUUGUUUUUAUUUCAGUAGCCUUGUGCAAUGUUCAGUGAAUGCAGGUUUUUCAGAGACACAGAAAACAUUGUUCCUUAUGGUACAAUACUGGCAAAACUAAGGAGACUGAACACAAAAAUUAGUAUUCAGGCAUGAGGCUCCAUCCAGCAACUUCACAGCAGUCUGGAUGUCCUGUUAAUGUGCUGUCGUGACUUAAAGUACUAAGGGCAAAAAGCCUGCUGGCUUUUGGAUUGUACUUGAUUUAUUCCAUCCAUCAUAGCAUCUAGAUAUCUCAGUUAAUGGAGCUAUAAUGCCAGCUGCAAAUUAGCAUUUACAUAGGCAAAGCCAAUUAUGUCAAUUUUUGUAAUACCUGAGCCCUUUGAUUUGCAAAACCAGGUCUUUUGUUGGUGGAAAUUCUUUCAAGUUAUUGCUUUAAUAAGGUACUGAGACUUGGAGAGGAAAAUCUGUACAUUUAUACCAAACAGAUAAAGGGGAUUUUGAGGAUUUCAAACUGCCAUCCAUAAACUCUUGAAAACUGCACUGAACUUUCUUUGGUGGCUGCUUAGGUGUCUUUUUAAACUCUGCUGUUUUGUCUGGUUUUCACAUUUGGCAAAAACAUAAGCAGACUUCACUUUGAAGUGAAAUGUGCAUUUUGGAAUUAUUUUUGUAAAAUUAGGUAGCCGGCUAUAAAGAUGUUCCUGUUGAUGUAAGUAUCUGCUACCUGGUCAGGUGUGGCUUCGAGCAUGUCUUGGAAAGACUUGUGGCAAAUGUCUCUCUUUGCAACUCAUUCACUUGUUUCAGAAGCUUCAUAAAUAAGCUUGCUUGUACUGUUGUAUGCACCUACCUUUUUAUUUGUGGCUGCUAGUGCCAAUCACAUUUCUACUAUAGCAUGUUUUUUGGCAUUUUUUGAGAGCAUGGCAUUAAAAUGAUUUGAGUAUAUACAGAUAUAUAAAGAAUAUAGGUAUAUAUAAAGGUAAAAUCAGUUGUGGAUAAUUUGCACUCAGCUCUUUCAGGAUGAACUAAGGAAUUAGUGUUCUAUAGAUGAUGAUUUGCACCACUUUAAGGAGUAAAAACCGUUUCAGAUGUUACAAUAAAUAUUUUUAAGAUCUAUUUUUGACUGAGUAGAGAAGACAGUACUGUCUGUGAGAGACAAGUGCCUUUAUGACACUGCUAUCUUGCACCGUCAUAUGUAGAUAUAGGAACUCUUUACUGGCAGCUUGAUACAUUUGUAAUCUUUGCAAACUGGAUUUUUCAGGUAUAUAUCUAAUUCUACUGUAGUAUAUGUCAAGCGAACACAAUACAAUAGGUGACAGUUGCCCUAUAGAGUCCUGAGAAUGAGUAUCAAAUUUGGGAAAUACAUAUUCUGCUUAAAAACUAAAGCAUUGGUGUGGAGGUGGGGGACUUUGGGCAGGUCUUCUGUGCCUACUGCUACGAGAAUAAUGUUUGUUCAUAACAUACUAUGAGAUGUUGAUUGAAGGCUGCAUACCUUCAGAGUGUGAAUAGAUUUUGUUUGUGAUUGUGCAGGUGAUUGCUUUGCAAAUCUGCUUGCCAAAACCGACAUAAUUGAGUACAGUGCCUAAGGCACGAUUUGGCAAUGACAAUGUUUGUUGGAGGAUUCUUCCUGCUCCUUCAGAGACACAACCCCAUGGAAUUUAACUCUCCUUCACUAAAAAAAAAAAUUCCCCUAAUUAAAAUUCCAGACUCUGUUUGAAUAUUAUGUGGCUAACUCAGAAUAUUAAUAAUGCUAUACACCUGAAUUAUUUUACUAAUUUCAAGUUCUCUACAUGUUUGAAUUGCAAGUUGUGAUUUGCACUUACAUUUUUAGGAAAGAUAAGGAUUUGAUAUUGUAAUGAUGUUAAUAAUUUUUCUUUAGUAUUACUGUUGGGUCUGCAGUGGUUACUUGUAGUUUGUUUGAACAAUUUAGUGUCUGUGUUCUCUGGCAGAUACGUGUAGUUUUAUAAGUGUUUGAGCCUCUUAUGUAAAAAUGAGUAAGUAUAGUUAUCAGAUCUGUCCUAUUUUAAAUGUGUCUUUUAGUUUUCCUGGACGGAUUGUUAUACCUGCAUCUCUAAGAAUGCAAAUAUGUAAUGAUAGUGUAAUUUGGCUGACUGAGUCCAGUAGCAGGAUGUUAUGUGGAUUAAGCUUUUUUUCCUUUGUUCUGUACUCUGAUAAAUUGACUAUUUAAAUUUUGUGGUAUAAUCCUCAUCUGGAAUGGGUUUAAUUCACAGUUUCUGCAUGAAUGAAAGUAAUAAAAUAUAUGUGCUUAACAAGAAAAAAAGGCAAAACAAAAAAAAGCCAAAAACCAAAAAAUAAAAAUGCACAGGUUUCUCAAAAAUUUGCUUUUAUGCUGAAGAAUGUAAUUUCUCUGUUUUUCAUAUCCAGAGAUCGAGAGACACAACUUUUCUUUCCAAUGCAGCAGGCUAAAAUAAUCAUCAAAAUGUAAAUGGACCAAAUGGCAAGAGCCUGCAUUUUAGUGCUGUAUUAAAAUAGAAUAACUUUUCUAUGUGCUGCGUUACGUACCUUAGAGCAAAAUAAUCGAGUGGAUAUUCUGGGGGAGAGGUAAUCCUGCAUCAUGAUUCCUAUUUGUUAACCAAAUUUCUUUUUAAACCAGUUUUCUUUAGUUGCUUCAGUAUUUAUUUUUUGUUGUUUGCCACUCAGAGUGGUUUUUCUGUGAUUUUUCUGGAUUCCUAUAUCACAGAAAUCCAAAUCUUUGGAGAAGAUUUUUGUUAAGUACAAUUCUUACCUUUUAAAUUUAACAGAAGUCAGUGUCUGUGCUCUGUACCUGUCUUCAGCUAUUGCUGUGUAGGAGUUGACAUUUGUGUUCACAGAUCCAAGAUUAAAUAUUGCAGUGUUAAAUUCUUGAUUAUUAAUACAAAUACAUUACUGCUUUUACUAGGUAUUCAUUUGAAUGUUUCGCCCUGAUGCCUUUCUCUAUUUAUUUUUGAAUGUGAGUUAUCAGAAUGUAAAUUAUUUUUGUCUUAGAACAAGUGUUUUUAUUAAACAUAAAGACAGAAAGCUCUUUUUUUCCCCCCUCCUUCUUGAAAAGUUUGCUUUUUCACUGCUGUAUUGAUUAAAAUAAAGUUCUUUAUGUGGAUACCACUCCUA